AUGGGCUGCGUUGGAUCGGUGAACGUUGACCAUGAUGCUUCACUCAGCUUCAUGAAAGAGUGGCGGAGUGGAGGCAAGGGCAAAGACUUCCUUGUCAUGGGCAUCAAGGAUCAAAAUAUGGUUGGAAAAGUUUACUUCAGUGGCGAAGCGACUUCAGACCCUGACUUGGUAGCGAGUUUAGAUGCUGUUUUGAAGAAGACCCGCGGCGAUGCACGCCGUGGCAGGGACGAGUAUGAUCACCUCUGGGAUUUGGUGUGGCACAACACAAAGAUGACCAGCGGUUAUCAGUUCAUGUCCAUGAAGAAACCUUUUUUCCCCAUUGGCAAAAACGUAGUCCAACUCAUGGAUGCAUUGGGCACACAUGGCUUUGUCCCCUUUGCUUCACCAAACUAUGGAGGACCAGUUGGUGACAAGGCAAGUGUUGAUUGGCCAAUGAUUAUUUUGAAGAAGGACAGUGAGGGACUUUAUAAGGCAGAAACCCUUUUCCUUGCUAUGAAAGACCAGAAUAUUCCUGGCAAGCUGUGCGCCUGCGGUCCGCCUGAAGUAGUGGAGAAGCUCAAAAGUAAUCUCACCAACGCCUUGCAUCAACACUCCAAGGAAGUGCGUGUGGCCUUUGAUGAGUAUGACACUGCUAGCGAGUGGGACAUUGUCUGGCAAAAUACAAACAUCACCUCUGGCAUGCAAGCUUUUAGUCUUGCAAAACCCUAUUUCCCCAAAGGCAAAGUUGUUCUAUCUGUUCUGACUGAGAUCUACAAGCUGGGUUGGGAACUGGUGUGUGGUCCAAACUUUGGUGGAAAUUCUGUGGAUUGGCCGUGCUUCGUCUUCAAGCGCUUGAAAUCUAAAGCGGCGCAGCUUCCACUGGCUCCACUGGCUUUUGGAGCAAUCAAAGAUCAGAAUAUGCCUGGAAAGUUUUGUCUCAGUACAACAGCUUCACACCUUCAAGAUGUCACAAAAACCAUUAGUGAAGCAUUGCGAAGGGUUAAAGGCAACGAAGGGCUGAAGGUUGAAAAAGAUGAAUAUGAUGCAGACCAUGAUCAAGUCUUGCGUAAUACUUCCAUUACCACAGGAAUGCAGGCAUUUUCCUUGCGGACGGCCUAUUUCCCGCGAAACGACAGUGUCCUUGCAAUCACCAGAUCUAUGGGCGAGAAGGGUUGGAAACUGGCUGCAUGUCCCAUGUUCGGUGGUAUGGGUGCUUCUUGGCCUUGCUUUGUUUGGCAGUACACGGGCAAAAAGAUGCAGACUGCUCUUGUUGCGAUUAAAGACCAAAGUUGGCCCGGAAAAGUUUGCGUGGGUGGUGUCGAGCCCGAAGUGGGCGACGCCCUGUUGGUCGCCUUCAAGGCAAUGUGUGGCCCGGAUGUGAAAAAGGGCUUGGAUCUCUACGACCAGGACUUUCAAUUCUCAAUCCGCAACACCAAAAUGACCACUGGCCAGGCAUUCUGCAGCAUGCAAAACUCUUGGUGGCCCUAUGGCUUCCCCAUGGAGGUCAUCUUGGGUGAACUGCAGGCGUUUGGAUGGGAACCUGCUGGAGGGCCCGCCUUUGGGAGCAUGCAGCUGAGUUGGCCUGCGGUGAUCUUUCAGCGUGAGGUGCGUGAAGUUGAAGCAGCCUAA